UAGGAAAUAAGAGCUAGUGCGUAAACUUCCGCAUUACGGGUUUGGUUGAAUAAACUCUCUCUCUCGCUUCCCUGCUUGGCCAUACUCAGUUGACUGUCUCCUCUGCUGUAGGACACUGUCCACUGUCCACUGUUUCCCUUGACACAGAAGGCACAAAAGACCCUGAGAGGUGUGGUGUGUGUGUUGCUGGACGAAGCGUCAGUGUGCGAGAGACAGUGUGUGCACUUUCUUGGGUGAGAUAGUACAUUGUGUGUGUAUGUGUGUUUGCAUCUGUGUGACGCAGUCUCAAACCUCUCCUUGCAGCUGCCAACAUCAGGUAUGAAGACACAUUUACUGUUCAUUUGCCUAUUGACCUCAGCAUUUGCUGUGUCUGUCAAAGGCAAACCUCAUGACAAACAUCAAGCUUUAUCCAAGUCCUCACACACAGCUAAAGAGAAGGACAUUGUUCCAGAUGAGGCCAAUGAGGGGGAGGUCUUGCCGACUUUCAUGACCUUUGAGUCUAGCAGUCAGGAUCAGGAAGACGACGACAUGAGCUACGAGGACAAUGCUAAUGUUAAUAUGGGUCCCUCCAAUGAGGAAGGGGUGUUCGAGGUGUCUGACAGUGGUGAGAGGAGCACCCCUGUCCUGCUGAGCGAUAAGGCACUGGUGGACCUCCUCCAGGGGGAGUCAGAGGAAGAAGAGGUGGAAGAGGAGGAGGAGGAAGAAGAGGAGGAGGGAAAGAUCGAGUCUGAGGAGACACAGUCUGAAGAGGAGGAGGGAGAAGAAGCGGAGGGAGACUUGGAAAAGGAGGAGGAGGAUGAGGAGGUGAUAGAUGGGGAGGAGGAGGUGGAUGUGGAGGCAGAGAAAGAGGCAGAAAAGGUGGAGGCGAUGGCAGAUGAGGAGGAGUCAGAUGAGGAUGAGGAGAAAGGAGAGGAAGAGGCGGAACCUGUGGUCGGGGACGGAGGAGUAAAGCAAGAGGCUGAAGUUGAAGAGACGUACAGCAACACCGAGCCGGAGAUUCCAGAGGAUCUGGACUACGCAGGCGACAGUGACAACACACAGCCCCUGGAAACCGAGCUUGAGGAAGGGAAAUCCCUCGCCGAAGACGCCCAGCUCCUCUUAAAUAAGGAAGAGGAGGCAAAGGUGGAGGAGAAAGAAGAACAAGUUAGCAAGGAAGAUGAAAUCCCCACUGCCACUGAUGACUAUGAGUCCCAGCAGGACAUACAAGAAGCCGAGGCCUCUGAGAGCCAGGAAGUGCUCGGCCAGUACAAACUUCCUGAGGGAAGCAAGGACCAGCAGAAAGGUUCCAAGGACAAUUCCCAAGAAAAGGGAAACAAUAAAAAAGACGGAGACACAGACGCUGAACUCCAAGAGACAAAGAACAGUGUGGAUCUUGAUGGGACACAUCUUUCUGUAGAAGGGGGAGAAGAGAAGGAGCAGAAGAACAUAAACGAGAGCGCCAGUCACACCCUAGGCAAAGCUACGAAGCAGAGGAAGAACCAGAGGGUGAGGAAGCACCCCCCACAGAGGGAUGAGGCCCCGCCAGGAGAAGGAGUCCCAGACCACCAGGGGGAUGAGGGGGAGAAGGAGUACUACCGCACCACUGACAAUGCUGUCUACAAGCCCAAGCGGAGAAGAGCCGGGAAAUGGGCUCCUCUGGUGGGAAUGAACCCGGUCCAGAUCAGGGCGACAGUGGACCUCUACCCCAGCGCCAGGCCCUCUUUGGCGGCCAGCCUAUACAGACCCCAAACCUCCGCUGCCGACCCUUGUGAGAACUUCCGUUGUAAACGUGGAAAGACCUGCAAACUCAUCGAGGAGAAGAAGCCUACGUGCGUGUGUCAGGAGCCUUCUGCCUGCCCACAGAGUGUCACUGACUAUGAUCAUGUAUGUGGAACUAACAAUGUCACCUAUGACACAUCCUGUGAGCUCUUUGCCACCAAGUGCAACCUGGAAGGCAGCAAGAGAGGCCAUAGACUUCACCUGGACUACACUGGACCCUGCAAAUUCAUAGCACCGUGUAUGAAUGGCGAACUGGUCCAGUUUCCUCUGCGUAUGCGCGACUGGCUGAAGAACGUCUUGCUGCAGCUCUAUGAACAUGACUCCAUGUCCCCUGGCUUCCUCACCCCCAAGCAACGCAUCAGAGUGAGAAAGAUCCACGAGAGUGAGAGGCGCCUCCAUGCCGGCGACCACCCCAUUGAGUUGCUGGCCCAGGACUUCGAGAAGAACUACAACAUGUACAUCUAUCCCGUGCACUGGCAGUUCGCUCAGAUGGACCAGCACCCUUCUGACAGGUUCCUGUCGCACUCUGAGCUAGCCCCCCUGAGGGUCCCGUUGGUCCCCAUGGAGCAUUGUACCUCCCGCUUCUUCCAGGAGUGUGACGCAGACAAAGACAAACAGGUGUCCUUCAGGGAGUGGGCCCACUGCUUCGGCAUCAAGGAUGAGGACAUGGAUGUCAACCUGCUCUUCUGAGUCCAAUCAGUACCUUAUCAAGCAACCAGCUUUAAUAAUCAUUUAACAAGAUCACCUUCAAUUAUGGCAGAACCACACACCUUAAUUGGCAGAAGAGAGACUUGCGUUGAUUUAAACUGUAUGUUUUUCGGGAUGCUCUGUAAAGUUAGACUGGUAGAACCAGCCUAAUCGCUGUGUUCACCAUUAUAUUCAACUUCACGUAUCAGUCUGGAAUUUCUCUUUAUUGAAACUGUUUGAGCCUAUGUCUGUAAUGAGAAGCAUUAUUCAAAACCAAGUUGUCAGUGAUGGGAUCACCUUAAACCAAUCAGAGGACUACCUAAUUCAAAGCACAGGAUUUUGGGGGUGGGAUUUCUGAGAGGACUCUGAUUUGACCAGUCAUUUCUUGGCUUGUCCUAAACUCCCAUCUAUUGGAGAAAGCCCAGGUGUAUAUGCAGUAAAACAGAAUGGUUAACACAAAAUUCAGGUGGGUUCUACCAUUCUACUGCAAAGUACAAUUGAUUAAAAAGUAAAAGUGAGAAUGUCCUUCCAUGUCUUAAGUCAUAGAUGGAAGAGGAGGAUAGUUCAUGUUGUCUUAAAUCAGACUAAUCUAAAUUUGGAUCUAUAAAUAUGUGGAUGUUCUGUGAUACUGUAUGUAGAUACCGUAUAGCUGAUAGUGGUAUUAGUACAGUAAGUUUUUUUUUGCAAUUAACAAUGAUAUUAGUGUUAUGAACACAUUCCAAGAGGGGGAAAGUUUACGAGUGCUUUAUAGUAGAUGACUGACUACAAAACAGAAAUGGACUUCUAUGCAGGUGAGACCGAUCACUUUACUUUUUGACCAAAAUAUUACAGUAUUCAUUUUAAACAUUUAAGUGGGAGCGUAACAAUAUUUUUUUGGUAUGAAAACCAUUUGUAAUUGACUGUCAAAAUAAAUUGAGCUGUCAAAAGGAGAAAUUGAAAUGGCAGUAAUGGAGUAGAACAUGUGAUGUUGACAGAAUCACUAAGAGUUGAAUGCUGCAACAGUUUUAUUUGUCUUGCCAGAUAUAGCUACUUCACUAACCUUUCUAAUAAAAGUAAUGUUGACCUCA